UAAUCCCAAUAACUUCUUCAUUCUUCUUCUUCUUCUUCUUCUUCUUUGCUUUUCUGCAGAGGACUUUUUCUGUGAAACCCUAACCGAUUUUUUGUCCCGGCCAUGUCACCGUCCGGUGGGCGCUGCGAAUGCUUCUCCGGUGAUAAUGCUGGUGGUGAAGUUAACCACCACGACGGAUUCGCUGGCGGUGAUGUGAACUGUGCGCAUUGUAAGAAAAUCGAUUAUUUGUCUUCGCACUCAUGCAAUUCGGCAUCAAACGGCUACGUUUCGAUGCCGUUGCCUUCAAAGGACUUGGAGAAGCUGCGCAGAAUUGUGACUGCUUCGGCCAAGGGAUUCGUUAUUGGAGCUGGAAUCAAAGGUGGUCUAGCCCUGUUCUCGAUCGUAGCUCGGUUGAAACGGAGAAAGGCAUUAGCCUCUCUAAGAAAAGAGGGCGUGAUUACGAAUAACGAGGCAAUUGUGAUGGCUGUGAAGGAGACAUUGAGAUACGGUCUAUUCCUUGGCACUUUUGCUGGUACAUUUGUUUCCGUGGAUGAGAUUAUAGGUUCUUUGGGAGGUCACCGUAGGACAGCGAAAUGGAGGGCUCUGUUUGCAGGGGCUGUAGCGGGACCUUCGAUGCUUCUUACUGGGCUAAACACUCAGCAUACCAGCUUGGCCAUAUACAUACUUAUGCGUGCUCUUGUAUUAGCAUCUCGCUGUGGCAUCAAAAGCAAACGGUUCGGGCGGAUUUGUAAGCCACUCACAUGGGCUCAUGGUGACAUUUUCCUUAUGUGUCUCUCCUCUUCGCAAAUUCUGUCUGCUUACAUAUUGAAGCAGGAGAGUUUGCCUCCGUCAUAUAAAUCGUUUCUUAAUAAACAUGGUGGAAAGGAUACUGUGAUCUUGCAAGGUGUGAAAGAGAUUGCAACUGGCAUGCGUUUUACUAAUUUGGAAGCAAUAGAGAAAUUUUACAAAGCCAAUGGUGUGAACAUUAAGCUAGAUCCAAACAUGAAAGUUCCCUGUACGAUUGUUCAUGGUGAUCAGUCAUGCAGUGGGCAUUUUCUUUCUUUUCUUAUUCAAGCAUAUAAGAGAGCAUUACCCGUUUAUCUACCAGUGUACCUGAUUCCUGCACUCAUAGUUCAUCGUACAGGCCUCUUGAAAAGGCCUUCCAUGAUACUAGGAAAAGGUCUAUUUGGUACGGCAAGAUCAAGCUUGUUUCUGUCUGUAUAUUGUGCGUCUGCCUGGAUGUGGACAUGCUUGCUGUUCUGGAUUUUCAAGAGAUGUAACAUUCCAAUGGUGGCCAUGGGGACAUUUCCCACUGGCCUUGCCUUGGCCAUUGAGAAGAAAAGCAGACGGAUUGAGAUAUCACUUUACUGCCUUGCUCGUGCCAUUGAGAGCUUUUUCACAUGCAUGACUGACGCAGGGUAUUUUCCACAGUUGAAGAAUUUGAAGAGAGCUGAUGUGGUGAUUUUCAGCUUAUCAACGGCCAUCAUAAUGCACUGCUACGCAGAGGAGAGGGAAGUGUUUCGAUCAAAAUACUUGAAUGUGCUUGAUUGGGUGUUUGGCGUUCCCCCUCCACCCUGUGAAACACCCCGCUGUAAAAAUAGCGAAAAGCACGAGUGAGUAUGUCUAUUGUGCAAGGUGAGAAAUCCUUUUCUUUUCUUUUCAACUUUAUCGGAGCUGUCUUCUCGCAAUAUUACUUGCUAUCAAAGAAAUAGGUUCAAUUUUAUACAUUAUUUGUUGUGGUGAAAAGACACUGAAAUUGAGAGGGUGAAGAGUAUGUUUGGUUAUGUAAAUCCCGUUAAGCUUCAAUAGAUCAAAAGUUUUAGAAUUCUUUCAAAAAAUUUUUGUGUGGAAGGGAUGUGUAACUACUGAAUACUAAUAAAUCGAGCAGUUAUUGGCGUAUUAGAAAAUUAGUGCUGGAAGAUGUACUAGAAAGAUUGUAAAAUCCAAAAUGGGUGGCCCCUUAUGUUCUAUUGUUAUGUCUAUUUUUUCUCGAUUAAUAAUCAGCGAUUACAGUUUUAAACAGAGGUAUCAA